CCCGAACAAAAAUAUCAUCCCCAAAAGCAGCUCCCCAGCAAGAGAUGCGCCGCAGUUGGCUAGGUCGGGACGCCUGUUUCUGCAACGCUCUAAUGCCCCACUUUUUGCGACCCAUCACCGUCCGCUCGCCUACGCGCAUCAGCCACCAAGUGCUACGGACUCAACUCACGGAUGUAAGCUACAUGAUGAUAAUACAUCUUGACUUUCAUCUUCUUGUCAUCACUCAUAAUCUUGAUCUUCGUUAUCAGUUCGUUCUCGUUCUUCUCGGAGCACGGUUCUUCCUCAUUUAUUUCAUUAGAUUAGGUGUACUAGAGUAAGAUAUACUUCCUCGGCGCCAGCCGCAUACCCGGAUUAUAAAUUCAAUUUACCCGCCACAACUACACGCAUGAUCAACUACAGCAUUGCAGCUGCCGACGUUGUCACCUGCGACAAGCACCGCAGCAGCCGGUGACGAUGAUAUUCCUGCUUCUAGUUUCGCAGGCUUCCAGCAGACGCGGACGGCGGGAUUGAAGCGUUCUGCCUUGAUGUCGAACAGUGGUCGGAUGAUGAUACAAACUGCCAGCAAGUCUCCAGACAAGAACCGCGCGUCUCCUGGGAAACCAUGGUAUUCCUCGACCAGCGGGGCAAGACCAUAACUUUUUCCUCCACUAGUCACUACUACCGGUGUCAGUGUCGACGGGCGUUGUUGGAAGGUCCAAAAACAGAGUUCAAACACAAAUUUUAGAUCAUGCUCAUAAACUUCGAACAAACUACUAUGUACUUACUUACAUGAUAGACAUGUCCAAAAUAGACAUACUUACUACAUAAAAAUAGUACCGUGAAGGUCAUUGCAUUCAUUGAUUUGGUUCCUUUCGUAUUCGUGCUCCAACAUUCGUAUUAAAUUUAUAUUUAAUGAAGCUUAUUGUUUUUGUUAUUGAUAUAGAAGAUGAAACUUUGUAGUAUGUUCAAACUUGUUUCUAUUGUUCGUUAUUUCGCACUAGUUAGUGCUACAGCUCUUGCUCUUUGCAGUUGUUGUGUUUGUACGCAACACUUCUACGUAACGGCUCAUGAAAUAAGAAGUAGCAUGUAUAAUCAUGUAGGACCACCUUGUUGUUCAAUUGUCAGUUUGUAAGAAGAUCCGUUACUAAAUCAGAAAAAGACACAAAGUAUCUAUACGUAUGUGGAAUUCAUAGAUUUAGGUGUUCAUACGUCCAGCCUGCGCGCUUCUUGUAUUGAGAGUAAUCGAAUAUGAUGCUCACAUCAUACUGAUUAAGAGAUCGACAUACUUAAUUCGAUAGAAAAAUACGUAGCAGCUAUUGAUAUCUUGGCCUUCUGUCAUUAACCUUUCAUUUUCAGAUCAUCUUAAGAUUAAGUGAGAUACAGGAUAUUAUGGAUUAGCAUUAUCAAGCUAAUUACUUAUCAAGUAAUUAUAGCUUGAUUCGGUUCCCACUUUCAUGACCAUUGCGAUUGGUAGUACCUAUCGAUGGAAUUACUCCUCGUCCUCCUGUCGACAAAAUUAAAACAGUUUUUGCUGUGCUCCUAAGUCUAAGAUGAUGUUUAUUUCUACGUACUAUUGGUCUCGCACCAUUGUAAUAUAGUUAACAGACAUUCAAAAAUGAACAACAUAGUAAGCAGUGGAUGAGGACGUUGGCGACGAUCCAGCUGCCUCCGUCUCUCGUCGUGAGCAAGAAGAUACGACUACAGAAGACAACGCCAUUUUCAAGAGGGUCUCCCCCUGGGCCAGCGCCUGCCCCCAAGCGAAGACGAACAAGUGGUUGGAGCUCGUGCGUCUCCAAGGUCCCUACC